AUGGCAUCUAUCCAAGCUGAAGAGCAACAAUAUCAGGCCGAAGUGGCCGCCGUCAAGCAAUGGUGGACGGAUUCAAGAUGGAGGCACACCAAGCGGCCUUUCACGGCAGAGCAGAUUGUUGCCAAGAGAGGCAAUUUGAGGAUCCAGUAUCCCGGAAAUGAGCAGAGCAAGAAGCUGUGGAAGAUCGUGGAGAGCAGAUGGCAGACGAAGGAGGCCAGCUUCACCUAUGGCUGUCUUGAUCCGGUCAUGGUCACCCAGAUGGCCAAGUACCUUGACACGGUUUAUGUCUCCGGCUGGCAGUGUUCCUCCACCGCCUCAUCAUCAGACGAGCCAGGCCCUGAUCUGGCCGAUUAUCCUAUGACUACUGUUCCUGACAAGGUCAAUCACCUUUUCAUGGCCCAGCUCUUCCACGACCGCAAGCAACGCGAAGAGCGCCUGUCUACCCCUAUCCAAGAGCGCUCGAAGCUCGCCAAUACCGAUUUCCUCCGUCCGAUCGUCGCCGAUGCUGACACUGGCCACGGAGGAUUGACAGCAGUGAUGAAGUUGACUAAGCUUUUUAUUGAGAGGGGCGCUGCAGGAAUCCAUAUCGAGGACCAGGCUCCGGGCACGAAGAAGUGCGGACAUAUGGCAGGAAAGGUAUUGGUGCCCAUCAGUGAGCACAUCAACCGUCUUGUCGCCAUCAGGGCUCAAGCAGACAUCAUGGGCACUGAUCUUCUCGCAAUUGCCCGAACCGAUUCCGAAGCCGCAACUCUCAUCACCACUACCAUCGACCCGCGGGACCAUGCUUUCAUCCAGGGCAGCACCAACCCUGACCUCAAGCCCCUGAAUGAUCUCAUGCUCGCCGCAGAGAAGGCUGGCAAGAACGGCGAUCAGCUUCAGGCCAUUGAGGACACCUGGCUCCAAAAGGCAGGGAUCAAGCUCUUCAGUGAAGCUGUGGCCGAUGCCAUCAACGCCAGUCAGAUCCCGAACAAGCAGGCUUUGAUCCAACAAUUCGCACAGCAGAUCAAGGGCAAAUCGAACGCCGAUGCCCGUGCGAUCGCGAGAGGCAUCUUGGGUCGGGAUGUUUACUUCAACUGGGAGGCACCGAGAACCCGUGAAGGGUACUACCGCUAUCAGGGCGGUUGCCAAUGCGCCAUCAAUCGCGCAGUGGCGUUUGCACCCUAUGCCGACCUGAUCUGGAUGGAGAGCAAGCUGCCCGAUUACGCGCAGGCGAAGGAAUUCGCCGAUGGCGUGCACGCCGUCUGGCCGGAGCAGAAACUUUCAUACAACCUUUCUCCCUCCUUCAACUGGAAAUCGGCCAUGCCGCGUGACCAACAGGAAACCUAUAUCAAGCGCCUUGGCGAACUUGGGUAUUGCUGGCAGUUCAUCACUCUUGCCGGUCUGCACCAGACUGCGCUGAUUGCCGACACCUUCUCAAAAGCAUUCUCCAAGCAUGGUAUGCGGGCAUAUGGAGAGUUGAUUCAGGAGCCUGAGAUGGAGCGAGGCGUCGAAGUCGUUACGCACCAGAAAUGGAGCGGAGCCAACUAUGCCGAUAACCUGUUGAAGAUGGUGACUGGCGGUGUCAGCAGCACGAGCGCUAUGGGUAAGGGAGUCACCGAGGACCAAUUCCAUUAA